CACAAAAUUUCUUUGCCUGUGCAAAUUGAUGUUUUCGAGUCCACUGCCACUGUGAAAACCCAAACUGUCGUCCUGAUAGAUCAUCACAAUAUAAAAUACAUUAGCUGCGUCAUAGGCAGAAGUAAUCGUGUUUAUAUAAUUGUGUUUAGGAACAAUUUGCUAGGACUAAUCGUCUUAUUCUCCGAAAUGAAAAUGGCAAUAAUUUAAAUUCGUGUAGUGAUUUUCCAAAAAAGGAGAGAAAAAUCUGCUGGAAGGGUUUCAAUCGUUGAACGAGCAGAGGAAAAGAGGGUCGGUCGCCCCUAUCAACAACAGCAGCUGAGUCGCAUUACCCCGAUACGCAUUCCGGAAAGAAUUGAAGGAAGCAGACAGAUACGAAUUGGGCCCAGUGUGCAACAUAAGCGGAGAAAUGGUGGAACCUAUGUUUGACUAUCAAUUUCGGCACAUUCUAAUUGGCGACAGCACAGUCGGGAAGUCGUCUUUGCUCAAAUAUUUCACGGAUGGUAAAUUUGCUGAGCUAUCCGAUCCGACGGUAGGGGUAGACUUCUUUGCUCAUCUCAUCGAGGUAAAGGAUGGCACCCGCAUCAAGCUGCAGCUGUGGGACACAGCCGGGCAGGAGCGGUUUCGUUCGAUCACCAAAUCAUACUACCGAAAUUCGGUUGGCGUACUGCUCGUGUACGAUAUCACCAGCCAUGCCAGCUUCGAGCACAUUCCUCUGUGGAUGAUGGAAGCCAAGCGACACAUUGAACCUCACCGGCCGGUUUUCGCACUGGUGGGAUGCAAACUGGAUCUGGUGAACAAUGGUGUCCAGAAGCGCGAGGUCAGCGUGGAGGAGGCACGCUCGUUCGCGGAACAGAAUGGUUUAAUUUUCGUGGAAACUUCCGCUCGCACGGGCGUUAACGUCCGGGAGGCGUUCAGUCUAGUCACCCAGGAGGUAUACAAUCGAAUUCAGUCGGGUGAGUAUAAGGUCGAAGAUGGCUGGGACGGCAUUAAGAAGGGCUUCCUAAGACCAAAUAAUUUGGAUUUUAAUCUAGUGGUAGCAGAAUCCGCCCGAAGUUCGUGUUGUUAAAAAGAUGUGGUUGUUGAGUUCCGGCAAUGCUUUUAUGUUUCGUUGUUGUUUGUGUUUCAUUGCGACAUAUGCCCAUUUUUGUGGAAACCGAAGCCUCAAAUGUUUGAAACAUUAUGAUUUCGAUCGAAGCAACUAUUACAAAAUCGAAAAAGCGGAGUCUAAAUUUGUACAUUUUGGUGGAAUCCAAAAGAUGUGAUAUAACUGUUUGAACUAAUCGACGGAAAGAGUUCAUGUAAUUGUUUCUAGGAUUUUUUUGCAGCGAUAUAUCGCCGUUAUUUUCUGUUUUUAUUCAUGUUUCAACAUUAGGAUUUACAGUUUUGGUGCUUUAAUUGAUCCAAUUACUAUUUCGCUCCCUUUUCUAACCCUCAAAUGAACCCUACCUGAUUUUUAGAAUGAUUCUUCUAAUUCUAGAUCUGUAUAUUUUACUCUAGAACUGACUCACAGUCAGAUAAAUGAUAUUUUAUAAAAAUUUAAUUAAUCAGUUGUCAGUAAUGAACAUCAAAGAAACUUUAUGAACACAUUUUUAUAUGUAUAUAGUAUGAUAAUUACAAAAUUAGUAAUGUAGUUUACAGAAAUAUGUUUACCUUAAGAA